GCCAGUCUCGUAAAAAGUCAGCGGGCUACCGUGCGACCUGUAGACUGAACUUGAAACAUGGACCUAAAGAAUCGAUUGUGGUGUUAUGUCUGGCUUUGAGCGCACACAGCCGGGGGAAAUACUUUUCUGUAGUGUUUCCCUUAUCGCGUUUACAACAGUUGUCAUAUGGUGUUGUCUUGUCCAUCUUGGGAUUUUUUUGAAGACGGAUUACUUGAGGGGCUGAGAUAACGUCCAGACCAUUGAUAGCCAGGUCGUGUGUAACCCGAAAAAACUUCCACUGAGGCUGAGAUGGCUUUUUCACGACAGGACUACAUUGCCCCAUGGUGGACCUACUGGCUGCACAAUUUCCCUCAUCUCAACUUGAAUUUCAAGCCCGUUGACAACACAUUCAGACCGGAGGAGACGAGCUACCAGCAGUCCCUAAUCUUCCUGGCGUGUGUUUCUGCGGUGGGGCUGGGUGUUAGCCUGGUGGUGUUGGCGCUGUACCUGAGCUGUCUGUGCUGCUGUCGGAAGGAGGAGGAGGAGGAGACCAAGCGGCCAGACUCCUGCUGCGUCACCUGGGCCGCAGUCAUCACCGGCCUGGUCAUCUGCUCAGCUGUCGGGGUUGGUUUCUACGGCAACAGCGAAACCAACGACGGGGUGUACCAGCUCACCUACUCCCUCUACAAUGCCAAUCAGACCGUGAGUGGCAUCGACAAUUUGGUGAGCGACUCUCUGAACAGCAUGCAGGUGGGGCUGGAGGAACACCUGGCUCGGCUGGACGAGAUCUUCUCCACGCGCGGCGACUACGGCCAGACGCUGCGCUUCAUGCGGCAGAUGGCAGACAACAUCAUCCGGCAGCUCAUCACCCUGCCGGACAUCAGCCGCGCCAAGGUGGACCUGGCAACCGUAGCCGAGCAGACGGCGUUUGUGGAGUACUACAGGUGGCUAACGUACCUGCUCCUACUUAUCCUGGACCUGGUCAUCUGCCUAUUGGCUUGUGCUGGCCUUGCCAAGCAGUCAAGAUGGCUACUCAUUUUGAUCAUGGUAUUUGGAGUGCUGACACUGAUCCUCAGUUGGGUGUCUCUGGGAGCGGGUACUGCCACCGCCGUGGGUACCAGUGAUUUCUGUGUAACUCCAGACAAGUUCAUUGUGAACAAUACCAGAGACUUUCUCAGUGCAGAUAUUGCCCACUACUACCUGUACUGCAGCCAGUCUCUCCCCAACCCCUUCCAGCAGUCUUUGACCACCUUCCAGAGGUCCCUGACCACCAUGCAGAUCCAGGUCCAGGGCUUGCUGCAGUUCUCCCUGCCCAUCUUCCCCACCGCCGAGAGGGACCUGCUGGGUAUCCAGCGUCUGCUGAACUCCACCGAGUUCAACCUGCACCAGCUCACAGCCAGCCUGGACUGCCGCAGCCUUCACAAGGACUACCUGGAUGCCCUGCUGGGCUUGUGCUAUGACGGGGUGGAGGGCAUGCUCUACCUGUGCCUGUUCUCCCUGCUGACGGGCAGUGCCUUUUGUGCCAUGCUCUGCGCCGUGCCCCGUGCCUGGACCCUCAUCGCCAGCAGGGAGCGGGACUAUGACGACAUCGACGAGGAGGACCCCUUCAACCCGCAGACGCGGCGCGGCACGGCGGCCUUCAACCCCAACCGCAGCAACAUCCACAGCUUCUGCAGCUACACCAGCAGCCUGAGCAGCCAGACCAGCCUGCACCCACAGCCAGCGCAGCCCAGCGCCAGCGCCACCACCUCCGAGUACAUGAACCAGUCUAUCCUGUUUGGAGGAAAUCCUCGAUACGAGAACGUCCCUCUGAUCGGGCGGGGGUCUCCACCUCCCUCAUUUUAUCCCCAGACUUUUAAAAACAUAUUCUCCCAGUAUGAGGACCACCUACCUAUCUAUGACUGAUGCCCAGAUCAGACACUUUGGGAACGACUUCCAGAUAUGACGAACCCCUUGACGACUGCUUACCAUGGCCGCCAUUAUUCCUCCCAGCUCAUAGUCGGCACGUGGUGGAUGCUGGUGUCACCGGUGGAAGGGGCAUGAUGACAAGGUGUCUUGCAGGGGACUUUGUAAUCCUGCCUGCUUACCUGCCUCUCCAUUCGCUGCCAUGGGACAGUGGGUGGGGAAAGACGCUGAUUUAUCAGCUUUAUGGGAUCCAAGAACACAGGUGGGGGUGGGGAUAUGGGUCAGACGGGGA